UUCUGAAGUUGGGAGCGACUUGCGUAAUUAAAUGUGACAGUCUUGUAGAGCACUACUCAAUAUUGAAAGAUCCUGUUUAGACUCAAUAUUUGCAUUCGAACAGGUGUUCAAAACGUCCAUCAAAUAGGUCCAAGAAUUUGAUUAUGUAAUGAUUUAUCCGUUGUACCACAUUAUUUGUCAAACGGACAAAUCUAUCAUUACGCGAAACUAUUUCUUAAGGGUCGUUAUUGAUCUAAGUCACACUUGAGGAACAGCUCGGUUUUUUUUAUUCUGAAAGCUAGUUGUGGUUUAACCGAGUAUAUUGAGUUCUUCGACAGCACCCAUGAGCUACUGAGGAUGUUGACAAAUUAGAUUAGUUAUUUUGGGAAAUCGGAGAAAAUUCGGGUAAUCAGGAGUCCUGUUUAUUAAAUGACUCUUGAAAUGGAACAGACACGAAAAUGAGUAUACUACCGGUAGUGUUUGUUAAAAUAGUGGUAGAUACAGAGUACUAAGACAGGAAGUGAGGCGUAAUCUACUCUUAUGAGAACAGGGAUUUUCAACUAGGCAAUACUAUGCCACUGGAAUUAGACAACACUAUGCCACUGCAAUUGUAAAAUGGGGGAAGCCAGCAGAUGUGCAUUGAUUUUUAUUCAUAUUCUCCUACAGUUUACAGGAAUGGCGAUGGGUAUAAAGUGCUGGCACUGUAUCUCUAAGAACUGUCAUCUGGAGCCCAGUGAGAACUACCAGGCUGUCAAAAAGCAGUGUCUAACAGGACAAUUCUGUCAAAAAGUAUUCUACUCCAUGUAUAGUACUAUGGACAAUAAAAUAUACUAUUCUACAGUGAGAGGGUGUGCUUGGAACUGUCUUCCCAAAAAUGACUUUAAGAAUUGUUCAUCCGAACUCCACGGAUCACGUGGUUGUGUAACGAGAAACUGUUGUCGUGACAACGACCUUUGUAACAAAGGAACAAGUGUAGUGCCGUCAUCGCAACUCUCGUUUUUGUUGAUUUUGUUUAUAAUUUCAUGUUUUGCGACUUUAAAUUAUUGAUCACAACACUA